CUGAUAUUUUCUCAGGUCUCCUCAUAGGCCUUCCAUGCUAUCAAUAUUACCAGAGGUACUAGAGAAACUAUCAAUAUUACCAAAGGUGCUAGAGAAAUUGUCACAAUUCCCACACCGAAGUAGUUGAAGCAAUGGAAGAGAAAAAUCUAGGAGAGUGGCUGAACCUAAGCCUUGGUGGGAAUUCGGUAUCAACAAAUGGACACUCUUCUGACUUGCAAUCAAGACCAGCGUCCACCAAAGUUUUCUCAUGUAACUUCUGCAUGAGAAAGUUUUACAGUUCCCAGGCACUAGGCGGCCACCAGAAUGCACAUAAGAGGGAGAGAGGUGCAGCCAGGACAUAUCAUCCCCACAGGAUGAUGUCAACUAUGGGUCUGCCUAUCAACACUAACAUGGUUCGAUCACUAGGUGUUCAAGCUCAUUCUCUGGUGCAAAAGACGCACAGAGAUGGAACUGCAACUGUAGCAAGAUUUAGUGAUGCUAACACAGGCUUUGGUAUGGCAUGGAUGCCUUUCACACUAGAGGAUGCAAUGGAUUCGAUGUGGCCGGGCAGCUUUCGCUUUGAUCCACAACAACCAGAAACAUCAUCUGAAUCAUCCAAGGUCGACUUAAAUCUUAGACUCUAGUUAGGCUAUUCUACCUCCCCAAGUAUGGCAGUCUCUUCUAGUUUCUUUUCUAUGGAAAGAGUCUAACUAUGAAUUAUGUAAACGAUUAACACUAUUAUUUUGCUGCUACAUCACAAAAUCUUAAAUACGGCUCGGUGAUCUGGAAGCCGGACAUCCUAUCUGUCUCAUUUGGAUAAUUUAUGGAAUAACUCAAUAACUCAGUCUCAUUUAA